AUGGUGUAUCGUGAUUCUUCUCCAAAGUGCAUGAAAGUGGCAGAUUUAGGUUGUUCCGUGGGACCAAAUACACUUCUUCUGACAUCAAAUAUUAUUGACAUUGUUCACACUGCAUGCACCCGCUUCAAUCCUGAACCACCCACAUUCCAAUUUUAUCUCAAUGAUUUAAUUGGAAACGAUUUUAAUACCAUCUUCAAGUCACUUCCCGAUUUCUAUACAAGAUUGGAAGAAGAAAAGGGACACAAGUUUGGUUCAUGCUUUAUUAAUGCAACCCCUGGAUCCUUCUAUGGGAGGCUCUUUCCCAAUAAUUCCAUAAACCUUUUUCAUUCCUCCAACAGUCUACAUUGGCUUUCUCAGGAUCCAUUGUUGGGGUUGACUAGGGAGACAAAAUCACUUAACAAGGGCAACUGUUACAUAGUUAGCACAAGCCCUCCAAAUGUAUACAAAGCUUACCUUAAUCAGUUUCAAAAAGACUUUAAAUUGUUUCUGAAAUCACGUUCGGAAGAACUUGUGUAUGGAGGAGCAAUGGUCUUGGUGUUUUCCGGCAACACUGGAACUCCUAGAAGAACUUGUUGGGAAAUAAUUAGUCUAAUACUCAAUGACAUGUUCUUGGAGGGUUUGAUUGAAGAAGAAAAAUUGGAUUCCUUUAACAUACCAGUGUUUGAACCUACGAUUGAGGAAGUAAGGCAUGUGAUUAAGGAAGAAGGGUCAUUCUUUGUUCAAAGAUUAGAGAUUUGUAACGUGCCUUGGGAUGAGUGCAUAAAUGAUGAUGGUGGUGAUUCUUUUCUUGAUGGAAAUAUAAGAGCCAAAGUCAUCACCAAGCACGCAAGAGGCAGUAAUGGAGCCUCUCUUGUCCGUAAGUUUUGGUGCACAAGUUGUAAAUGA